AUGGCUCAUAAACAUCCUGAAGACUUUUCAAAGAUUUUAGAUGACUUAAUUUCAGAAUUGGAAAUAAUCGAGAAAAGUGGCAUUGAAAUCUUUAGUCAAAUUACUCUUCUUGCAGCAAUCCAGCAUUUUGAAAGCCGUGCACGUUCUAAUGGAAUAACAAGCCUUUGUACAACUUCUGAUCAAGUUGAUGCAACUUCUACAACAAAUACACCUAUGACAAAACAAAGGCUAAGUACUAUGAUUGAUGAAAGAAAAUUAGCUGCGGAUGAAUUGUCUAAAGAAUCAAAACGUAUCGCCGAUAAUGCUAGAGCCGAAUUAUUAGGUUAA